CUUUCGUUGUGGUGCUCUUUAGUGCUAAUUUUCAAUCGUUUGAAUAAAAUCUAAAAAAAAAACAAAAUGGAUUUCUACUAUCUGCCAGGAUCUGCGCCAUGCCUGGCCGUUCAGAUGGCCGCCGCCGCCGUUGGCGUCGAACUGAAUCUCAAGCUUACCGAUCUGAUGGCCGGCGAGCACCUAAAACCGAGCUUCCUUAAGAUCAACCCACAGCACUGCAUCCCGACGAUAGUGGACAAUGGUUUUCCACUGUGGGAUUCCCGUGCCAUCAUGGCCUACCUGGUGGAGAAGUACGGCAAAGAUGAUUUCCUGUAUCCGAAGGAUCCACAGAAAAGGGCCUUGAUUAACCAGCGGUUGUACUUCGAUCAGGGUACUCUAUACCAGCGAUUUGCCGAUUACGUCUACCCGCAGGUCUUCGCCAAAAAACCGGCUGACCAGGAAAAGGAAAAGAAAAUGUUGGAUGGCUUGGAGUUUCUAGAUAAGUUCCUCGAGAAGAGCAAAUACGUGGCUGGUGAUUCGCUGACCAUUGCCGAUUUAAGCAUCCUGGCUACGAUUUCCACCUACGAAGUCGCUAAAGUCGAUUUGAGCAAGUACGCUAGCGUGUCCAGUUGGUACGAAAGACUGCGCAAAGAAGCUCCCGGCACUGAAAUCAACCAGGCCGGAAUCGAGCAUUUUGCAAAGUACUUUGAAAAGUAG